UUUACAUUUUUCACUGCGUUGCUCAACAUCUAUUUUAAGAUAUCAAAAUGUCCGGACGCGGCAAGCAAGGCGGAAAGGCUCGAGCCAAAGCUAAGACCCGAUCUUCUCGGGCGGGGCUCCAGUUCCCUGUGGGCCGAGUGCACCGCUUGCUCCGCAAGGGCAACUACUCCGAGCGAGUUGGGGCCGGCGCGCCGGUGUAUCUGGCGGCGGUGCUGGAGUACCUGACUGCCGAGAUCUUGGAGCUGGCGGGCAAUGCGGCCCGCGACAACAAGAAGACCCGCAUUAUCCCCCGACACCUGCAGCUGGCCAUCCGCAACGACGAGGAGCUAAACAAGCUGCUGGGUAAAGUCACAAUUGCUCAGGGCGGUGUCCUGCCCAACAUCCAAGCUGUAUUGCUCCCCAAGAAGACUGAGAGCCACCACAAGGCCAAGGGCAAGUAAAACGAGAAUUUGUAUAUUGACUUUUUACGGAGGCAAUCUUAACCAAAGGCUCUUUUCAGAGCCACCCAUGUAUUCAUUAAAAGGGCUCAUAUUUUUUUCCAUGUCA